AUGAAUAUUAAGUUACAACCAAUUUACCGAAAUUCUGUUAACAGUAAUGCAAAUUCUGUGUUCAAAAAUGACUUUAAUUUUUUUAAUUGCCGUUACUUUCAAUCCGGUUAUUACUCACUGUGUCCUCAAAAUUUCAUCCGUGACAACAAAAAUUUAGUAAAUGACGAAAAUUUAGGAAAAGUAGUCGAAAAGGACCAAUUGUUUGAUUAUUUGUUUAACUUAUUUCAAGAUCCGCAAACCAAAGAGCUAAAUGUCGGCAAAUUUUUGUCGGCAUUGGCCGAGAAGGGCAUCAAAAAGACUGAUCCGAGACUUGAGAAAAUGGUGGACCGAUUGAAAGCAAUUCUAGCCGAACGGAAAGGAAGUGGUAAUAUUGAGGGCCUGACUCUCGACAAGAAUCUCUGCAAAACUGUCAUUCAGGAGAAUAUCAUACUAUUUAGUCGUGCCUUUAAACACGAUUUCGUGAUUCCCGAUUUUAGCGAUUUCUGCAAAUCAAUUGAAGAAAUUUACUGGAAGUGUAAAGCAAACAUUGGCGGAAAGGUAGCCGACUAUAUACCACAAUUGGCUAAAUUUAAUCCAGAGUACUGGGGUAUCAGCAUCUGUACCAUUGAUGGUCAAAGGUUUUCAAUCGGUGACACAAACAUUCCGUUCACAAUUCAGUCGUCCGGAAAACCAAUCAAUUAUGCCAUAGCUCUCAAUGAACUAACAAGUCAUGUGGUGCACCAGUACGUGGGUCAGGAGCCUAGCGGUCGUAUGUUUAAUGAGCUGGUAUUGGAUCACAAUCGCAAACCGCACAAUCCUAUGGUGAAUGCCGGAGCUAUUGUCAUCUGUUCCCUAUUGAUGCAUCUCAUCAAACCAGAGAUGAGACCGUCGGAAAAGUUUGAUUGGAUCAGUGCUUACUAUAAGGCAUUGUGUGGCGGAGAGUAUCUCGGCUUCAAUAAUGCAACCUUUUUGUCUGAACGAGAGGCCGCCGACCGUAACUUUGCCAUCGCUUACUAUAUGAAAGAAAAUAAAUGUUUUCCUGAAAAGGCUGUCCUUAAAGAUAUUAUGGACUUUUACUUUCAGAUGUGUUCAUUGGAGGUCAACUGUCAAUCAUUGAGUGUAAUGGGCGCCACACUGGCUAACGGAGGCAUUUGUCCCAUAAGUAAUGAGAGGAUUAUCACCAAUUCACCCGUAAGGGACACACUAUCGCUAAUGCAUUCGUGCGGAAUGUAUGACUAUUCGGGUCAGUUUGCUUUCGCUGUAGGACUACCCACAAAAUCAGGUGUGUCCGGUUCAAUGAUGGUAGUGGUGCCCAACGUUAUGGGCAUAUGUUGUUGGUCUCCAUCAUUGGAUGCGUACGGAAAUUCCGUAAGAGGUGUCCAGUUUUGCGACGAAUUGGUUUCGAUAUUCAAUUUUCAUCACUACGACAAUCUGUUUCACAGUGAAUCCCAUAAAAAAGAUCCGAGAAAGAGAGGAUUUUACACCAAAAUUAUAGAUCAUUAG